GUUGGAUCCGGCUAACGUAGAUAAAGUUUGCCCCCCAGUUCCUCUUCAGGCUCGGCUGCAUGCUCACCUGAAUCGAUUCAGAGUCGGAAUUGCCUCGCGAAUCGAUUCGGACCCGAUAUAUGCAGCGCGCGUCCUUAAAACCCGCCCUUGUUGGAAGGAAUCAAGAGCACACACCAGAUUCGCGUCAAGUGCAGUGCAGGGCCCAAGGGCAAGGCUCCUGCUCAACUGGCGCGUGAACGAGCGAGCAGGAAGGAGGGAGAUAGAAUAGCCACAGCAGGAUGGAACGGCAGGUGGACUUGGCGCGUCUACUCCCCGACGACGUGCUCGCGGAAGUCCUCCGCCGCGUCGCGCCGCGAAGCCUCGCCGUGUCCCGCUGCGUCUGCAGGGCGUGGCGCGCGCUCAUCGACGACCGCGGCAUGCUGCACGCGGACCUCCUCCCGCACUCUCUGGCUGGACUCUUCAUCAGCUACAUGAAUCGGCUGUACGCCAAGUUCUUCGCCCGCCCAUCCCUUGAUUACGGCUACCGCAUGCCCAGCGAUACCAUCAUGGACCACUGCAACGGCCUCCUCCUGCUAUACGACGACUGGCUGUACAACCCUGCCACGGACGAGGUUGCGAACUUGCCUGAACGCCCGACGACUCCACGCGCGGGGAUGGAGUUUGUCUCUGAGCACGAUGUUUGUUCAUUCCUAGCGUUUGAUCCUACUGUUUCAUCACACUACGAGGUGUUCUUGAUCCCUAGUGUUCCUUGGGAAGAAGAUAUAGUUAAGCGUGCAGCAGGUAGUGCCGUGUUGCAUUCAGAAUGGCCACCGUCACCAUGCAUCCUAAGUGUCUUCUCGUCGAGGACGGGGCUGUGGGAGGACAGAUCAUUUAGCCGACAAGGGGAGGCUGCAGGAACAGUCGCUGACAUUCAACUGGACCAGAGAUCCGAGCCAUAUAGGCAUGCUGAAUACUGGCGGGGCGCACUCUACAUCCACUGCCAAACUGACUUUGUCAUGAGAAUAUCAUCAUCAAAUAGCACAUACCGAGUAAUCAAACCCCCAAUAAGAGGUACUGAAGUACUGACUAGGUCUAAAUAUCCAGAGUUCUUUCUAGGAAAGUCUGAGAAGGGGAUUUACUAUGCAUUACUUGAUGAUAACCACCGCCUAAGGGUCUGGAUCCUUGACGAAUCAUGUGAUCAAACUCAGUGGAAAUUGAGACAAGACACUGAUCUGGGGCCAUUUCCAAGUCUAAGCGGUGACCAUGGGCCUUGGGUUUUAGAAAAUGUUAGCUCUGAUUAUGAACGUAAAGAUGAAGACGUAUAUGAAGAGCAGAUGGAAGAAGAAUUUGAAUGGAACUCCGAUGAUGACAAUAUUCCACCCACUAAUGAUAUGGAAGAAAAAAGAUCAUGCCACCGCCCGGUGUCCAAGAAAGGUAGGAAGAAGAAGGCGCCGUUGAUGAGCGGCUCGGCCAUCCUGCAUGAAGAAUUUGGCACGAAAUUGCUCGACGAGGAAGUGCUCGACGAGCGUGCCGCCGGCGGUCCCUAA